AAUUCUGCGGAUUUGAUCAUGGUCAGGUAGAUAUAGUCUACGGUUAUCUAUUUCUAUCCCUCUCUAGCUUUCAGCUGGAUCGAAUUAUAUAUUGGGCCGAAUUGGGCCCUUAUGAUAAUCCGCUCCUGAUCAGGUCUCUAUCAGCAUGCUUUAUCAAGACCCGAACAAAGCAAACACAAACAAAGAAAAUUUACAAUGCAUUUUAUGGGGUCGUAGCGACCUUUGGAUAUCCUAAGAUCUCUCAUGUGUAUGACAAGUAGGCCUAUAGAGUUUGUCAACCCAAAAUUUAAAGGUGCCAAGAUACCCAACGCAUUGUAGGGCAUCCAGUGGACAAAAACGAGUUGCAGAUAAAACAUUUCCAUUCAGUCAGCAGCAGCAUCAGUAGAGUAGAGGCAAUGCCACGUCCUGUCCUUUUAAUCCAUGGCGGAGCCGGUGACAUCUCGGAUGGCCGAGUAGCUGGAAAAUUUGCUGGAAUCAAGCAAGCUCUGCGUGCAGCCUGGAAGCAUCUGGCCGAGGGGGAAGAGAAUGCCGCCUUAAAUGCUGUGGAAGCUGCUGUCCGCAGCAUGGAACUGGAUGAAGCCUUCAAUGCCGGCUACGGGGCCUGUCUCAAUACCAAGGGUGAGGUUGAAGUGGAGGCCAGCCUGAUGGAGGGCAAGCACUUGGGUGCCGGCUGCGUGACACUCUUGCGUGAUAUAAUGCACCCGAUAAGCGUGGCCCGCCGCCUAAUGGAGAAGAAACGGCAUACGUUCCUUGGGGCAACAGCUGCCCAGGAGUUGGCCAUCGCCACGGGCAGUGAGCAACUGGCAGCGGGAUCCCUGUGGACAGCCUCGGCUCAGCAGGCUCUGGAUGAGUUCCUGGAAAUGGAGAGGCAAGGCAAGGACACCAUUUUCGCACGCACCGAACUAGCUGGCAUUGAGCCCAGUGGUGAAACAGUGGGAGCUGUCGCCCUAGAUGCCACUGGCCAGAUUGUGGCGGGCACCUCAACUGGUGGCAUCACUGGCAAAUGGCCGGGACGCAUCGGGGAUACCCCAUUACUGGGCGGUGGCACCUAUGCCGACAAUUAUAUUGGUGGCAUCUCCACAACGGGGCAUGGCGAGACCAUAAUGCGUUAUAAUCUCGCUCAAAGGAUAUUGGCCGCCAUGCGUUAUGGCAAAUUAACGCCCCAGGAAGCCUGUGAGCAACAAUGCAAGGAGAUGACACAGCGCAUUGGCGGCACCGGCGGAGCCAUUGUGAUUGAUCCGCAAGGUGAAUUGGGCAUUAGUUGGACAUCGAAACGUAUGGCCUGGGGCUAUGUACGAGACGAUGGCAUCAUACACUACGGCAUUGAGCACCAGGUGAUACACCAAGAGCCUUUGUUUGAUGAAUCGAAGGCAGCAUAAAAAGAACAUCUAAAAAUAAAUACAUAUAUAUAUAAAUCAA